AGCGCGCGCACAGCCGUUGUGGACACACACUGCUCGUGUUGUUGUGGUUCCAGAGAUCCACGUGAGCACCGAGCAACGCUUCCUACUGGCUCGCGCGGGACAAGAGGAGACGAAGAGGCUGCGGAGGACUGACACACUGUUACAAAACCAAGAGACGGAACGACGCCAGCUGAAGCUGUCACACACGCGAUAAGCUUUUUAGCGUUUUUACCGAGACAGACGGGACGAGGUGUCAUUCAAACCUCCGCAUGCCCGAGGGUGGCGUGUUUCCAGUGUGGAGGGGGAUUGGGGUCAGUAGUGGCGUCGGAGGAGGGUGGAGCCAAGGCUGGGGACGCUCCUUACGAUGGGAGCCUGCCAGUCCGGGACAAGGGGCCUGGAUCCCGGUAUUUGACUACCCUGUUUGGGGUGUCCUCUGUCGUGGGGGACAUGCCAGGCUCAGGGAGGUUUGUCAGAGAGGGAGGAGUGCCAUCAGACUGCCCACAGACAUGCUCAGUAUCAAACUUCCCCAGCUCUUUGACAUCAAUCAGGUCCCCAAGGUGUUCAGGGAGGAGAGCAUCAUCUCUGGAUACCGUCACCCACGGAGCUCAGCGCUGGACUGCGUCCUCAGCAGCUUCCAGAUGAACAACGAGACUAUCAACAUCUGGACCCACUUCUUGCCAACGUGGUACUUCCUGUGGCGUUUCUGUGUCCUGUGCUCCACUAUGAACUUCCUGACCGACAGCUACACCUGGCCCCUUCUGGUGUACAUGCUGCUCGUCUGCGUUUACCCCUUCACAUCCAGCUGUGCACACACCUUCAGCACCAUGUCCCCAGAGUCUCGUCACAUCUGCUACUUCUUUGAUUACGGAGCGCUCAGCCUCUACAGUCUGGGUUGUGCCUUAAGCUAUGGAAACUACGUCAUUCCAGACUGCUGGGUGAACAGCUGGUUCCAUCAACACUUUGUCCUCAUUGCCAUUGGAAACACACUGUUCUGUACCAGUCUCUCCUGCUAUUCCAGGUUCCUAGAGCUGCAGUUCCCACAGAGAAGUAAAGUUCUAAGGACAGGAGCGUUUGUCCUUCCUUUUAUAUUUGACACUGUUCCUCUGUUUUACAGGAUCCUUCUCUGCAUCGGGGGAAGCUGCAGCCUGAGCGACGCCUUGUCCAAUUACUGUUACCACCUCCUCUUUGCCUUCCUCACCUGCUUCCUGUUCACCGCCCACUUCCCCGAGAGGUUGGCCCCAGGACGCUUUGACUAUUUUGGCCACAGCCACCAGCUCUUCCACAUCAGCGCUGUGGUGGGGACCCACUUCCAGAUGGAGGGCGUGAUGGCGGACAUGACGUCACGGCGGGCGUGGCUCCUGGCCCACGGAGCGAUGCCCUCCUUCCUGGGGACCCUCGGGGUGCUGGUCGCCAGCCUCGUCCUCAACCUGGGAAUCAUCGGCAUUUUCAGCGCCCCGCUGCUGUGGAAAUCCUGCCGCAGCUCCAACCAGCCGCACACAUCAAGGUGCGAGUGCAAGGAGAAGUGAGGGCGGAUUUUCCACCAACCAACAGCCACAAAGUGUCUGAUUCACUUUCCAAAGGAAAGGUUUGAGAUGACUAUUAACAGUUCACGGUAGUGCUUGUUCAAGACUAAUAGUUUUAUAAUUCAGAGAUAAAGAUUUUGAUACAUCAUGUUCAGUGCUAAAGGAUUUCUCUAACACAGUUACACACCUGGAGUAUUUGUUCAUGUGUUAGCUCGGCGCCUAAGGACCCAGUUGCAUUCAUUGAAGCCUUUUUCCGAUGUUGCAUUAAGCUAAUAUGUGAGAAAACAUGUCUACCUUGUACAAAUUGUCUGUUUAAUUUAUUUUUAACGAUCCUCAAAGUGCAUUUAUUGUAGACCCACACUUCAUAUACAGUGUUUACAGUAGAUCACUACAAGUUUAAAUCUCAAACUGGAAACAUCUAAUGUUGCAGUCGCAGGGAUAAUGCUUUUUUUGCAUGUACUGGGCCAGAAACUCCUUUACUUUAAGGAUUUUUUUUUUUUUAACUGGAAUACUUGGUUAGUGUGGUUGUUCUAUGUAUAAAAAUGUUUUCAGCAUAGACAACCCUCAUAUAACUCUACAUAUUAUAGUGCAGAUAGUGUUGUAUAUCUUAUAUAUCCACCUAUUGAUUCCACUCCGCCGGCCCGGAAUUGAUUUGCGGGUCCUGUGGUUCUUUUUUUCUGAUUGCCUGGCUUACUAUAAACCCCACAAUCUGCCCUCAACAUAAAAAAGAAAUGUUACAGCGUGGCAGUGAUUAAAAGACAGGUACCAUUUUUUACAACAGUAUGUUUCCAGGGCAACGCUAGAGUGGCCCCUGAAGGUCUUGACCAAUUUUACUCUUCUGAGCAAACGGCAUUAUUCAUUUCUUUUUCUCCCAUCACGUAUCAUAAGAUCUAUUCUGAACAUUUAUUAUGUGCAAGUCCAGUCAAAUUUCCAACACCUGCGGUUUAUAGCUAAAGAGUAAAGAAUUAAGAGACACAGGCAAAAAGUACAUGUAGUCAUUACAGGAGAAAAAAAGGGUUCUUGGAACAUUAUGUUCUAGGAACUGCAAAAAUCCCUCUGGUGGGAAAGAGCCUAGCUUAGUUUGGGGUCGUAUUAACAUGGUAGGACUGUGGUUUUGGAGUGCUGCGGUGCACAUACAGUAAAACAAAGCAGUAACACUCCUUAUGUACUAUGGUUAUCUUGUUGUCCCAUGAGACUGUUAUUUACCACUGAGAUAAUAAUUAUAUAUUUAUAGAAUCUAUUAUAUCUAAUGCUCGUUUUAGGUGCACAAGCGGUAAUGAAGAUGAGGGUUUUUCUUUUUGGAGGAAGUACCAUAGUUGAAGUUAUUAUAGUUCUCAAUAAAUCAGCACUUUUAUUGAGCUUUGUUUUCUUAAAACAAGUGAAAAA